AAAUGGAAGUAAUCCAUAAAUUUUCUUUGGAUGAGAUAAGGCCAUAAAUGUAGGUUUCCUGGUCCAACACUAUACGUCGCGACACAUCAUCCCCAAAUAAAAUCUUGAGCAGUCAAGAACUCCAAAUGAUCCUUCAAUUCUAAGAAAAAAGAUUGAGGUACACACCAUGUGUAACCCAUUCUAAUUCUAUCACGGAGGAAAAGCAGUUCCUUUUCCGCUUGUUUAUUAUUCCCCUCUGUAUUCCUAUCACUAUUGUUUUCCUUUGCUGCUCGCCGCAGAUUUUGUUGAGCUCCCGAGUGGACAUAAAUGGGGAAAAUUGCCACUAAUUUCUUGUUAAUAGGAUAAACCAGUCAGUUGGUACUCACUCUGCUAACCUGCCUCGCCGCUCCAGACGGCGAAGUUUCCAUCUUUUUUUUUAUCGUUGGAUUUAACAAGAAGCUCACAGCUUUUUUCUGGAAGAAAUGAUGUGGGAUGAUUGGGAUGACGAUGUACGACUUGGAGAAGAAAACGGCCACGAUGCUCGGCACCAGGAAGAACCACGCCGGCGAGACGAUGAAGAGGAACACGACGAUUCCUCUCACAUUAACUUUGAUUUAUCAUCUCUCAUUUCUAACCCGAAGGAUUAUUAUCAGAUACUGGAAGUGGACUAUGAUGCUACGGAGGAGGCUAUUCGGUCCAACUUUAUCCGUCUAGCUCUGAAAUGGCAUCCGGAUAAGGUAAAAGAUGAGGAUAAUGCCACCUCAAAAUUUCAAGCGAUAAACGAAGCUUAUCAAGUUUUGAUCGAUCCAGAAAAACGCCAGGAAUAUGAUAAAAAGGGGAUGCUCUGUGCCUAUGACCACAACAUAAUGGUAAUAUAUGGCCUCCUCUUUCUUUCUUUAUUUUGUUUUAUGAAUGUGUAAGGUAAGAAAACACCAAAGCAUGUUAUGAUAGAUAACUCAUAGAAUCUUUGGUUGUGAUGAUCGAAGGAUUAUCUAAACCGUAACAAGGGACUUAUUUUGACGUGCAACGGUCUUGGCAUGAAGAACUCGAUAUUGUAAAAAACCAACAAAAGAUUCAUGGGAGAUGCUUGCCAGCAGCAAUGAAUCCUCCUUUUUUAGGGAGUACAUCUCUACCACCAUAGCCGUUUUCUUUUUGUAUGUAGUAUCGUAUGUGACUAUGUUAAUCUACUAAUACCCCCACCCGACCCACUAUAUGAUCGGUGUAUAUGCGAGGCUUGUCUGCAUAAGUUCUUUCACUUCUGGUAGAACAAAUGUCUUGAAGCCCGAUACCCUCCUCCUGCUGUUGUUUUCAUCUGCCUAUGCUGCUGCAUGGAAAAGGAAAUGCAAGAAACAGUAAGCAUGCCACAGGGUAGUGUAAUCCUUUUCUGGAUUAUUUUUUGAAUGCGUUUCCUAGAGGUUUAUGAAAUAAUGCCUCCCAAGAGUUUAUGUGCAUUACUUUCCUCCAUAAAUAAACAGCAAGUCCUAAGUUACAAGCUAUGUACCAUGAGGAUACUACUCCGAGAAUCACGUGCACGUAAACUAUUGAUUUAUUAUGUGAAGAUUUUAGGCACAGCCACACAAGUGUCAUGUUGGUAUAGUAGAGUGAUGUACUGAUGUGUGCUUGUAUUUGGGAUGUUGGUUCAAUUCUCGCUGGAAUAAUUCCUUUAUAAAUAAAAUCGUGCUGGCUUGUUGCACCAUAGUUUCAUGCUGUUAACUUAUGUGUUUUAUACUGUGUUUUUGUAUGGUUAUCAAUUAAUUUUAUACUCUGUUAUCAUGUUAUGAAUGUUUGCCACUCAAAAGUUAACCACUUUUAGUGUUUGGUCAAAGACUUUUAGGAAAAUAUUUUAAUGCGUCAUUGUGUUUUACACAA